GAGGACUCCCCCGUGGCGGUCGUCUUGGGUCCGAGCAUGCUUAAAGCCCGGGCUUUAAGCUUGGAGAAGGAGCUGGCGAGGAUGGUCGAGGUAUUUGGAGGUGUGCCAGCGAUCCGAAGCGUGUGUCCGGACUCCCGGUUGCGAUGGCACCGGGGCGAAAGGAGUCCCGGCCAACCUGGAAUGGACUUGUACUAAUGGAAGAAGCAUAUGGCACCUAUAAAGUUAAAUGUCAUUCCCCCCCUCCACUUGGACCUUCUGCUUGAGACCUGCAUGUGACUUUUCACCCGCGAUCUGCACUUUUCGUAUCUACUGACUUUGAUUACAGGAAAGUGUCUGAAGAGUCGUAUCAAAUGACGUCAAUGGCCAGCUUGUUUUCUUUCACUAGUCCAGCCGUGAAGCGAUUGUUGGGCUGGAAACAAGGUGAUGAGGAAGAAAAAUGGGCAGAAAAGGCAGUGGAUGCUUUAGUGAAAAAGCUGAAGAAGAAGAAGGGUGCCAUGGAGGAGUUGGAGAAAGCCUUGAGCAGCCCAGGACAGCCAAGCAAGUGUGUCACGAUCCCCAGGUCCUUGGAUGGACGUCUGCAAGUUUCUCACAGGAAAGGCUUACCCCACGUUAUAUAUUGCCGUGUUUGGCGCUGGCCAGAUUUGCAGAGCCAUCAUGAGCUAAAACCAUUGGAUAUUUGUGAAUUUCCUUUUGGAUCUAAGCAAAAGGAAGUUUGUAUCAAUCCGUACCACUAUAAGAGAGUGGAGAGUCCAGUCUUACCUCCAGUGUUAGUGCCUCGACACAACGAAUUCAAUCCACAGCACAGCCUUCUGGUUCAGUUCAGGAACCUGAGCCACAAUGAACCGCACAUGCCACAGAACGCCACGUUUCCCGAUUCUUUCCACCAGCCCAACAACACUCCUUUCCCCUUAUCUCCUAACAGCCCUUAUCCACCUUCCCCUGCUAGCAGCACAUAUCCCAACUCCCCAGCAAGCUCUGGACCCGGAAGUCCAUUUCAACUCCCAGCUGAUACACCUCCCCCUGCCUAUAUGCCACCUGAGGAUCAGAUGGGUCAGGAUAAUUCCCAGCCUAUGGAUACCAGCAAUAACAUGAUCCCUCAGAUCGUGCCCAGCAUAGCCAGCAGAGAUGUUCAGCCUGUUGCCUAUGAAGAGCCCAAACACUGGUGUUCAAUUGUCUACUAUGAACUAAACAACCGUGUUGGGGAAGCUUUCCAUGCGUCUUCUACUAGUGUGUUAGUAGAUGGAUUUACAGAUCCUUCAAAUAACAAAAGUAGAUUCUGCUUGGGAUUGUUGUCAAAUGUUAAUCGUAAUUCAACUAUUGAAAACACUAGGCGACAUAUUGGAAAAGGUGUUCAUCUAUACUACGUUGGUGGGGAGGUGUAUGCCGAGUGUCUCAGUGACAGCAGCAUCUUUGUUCAGAGUAGGAACUGCAACUUUCACCAUGGCUUCCACCCCACCACCGUCUGUAAGAUUCCCAGCAGCUGCAGUCUCAAAAUUUUUAACAAUCAGGAGUUUGCUCAGCUUCUGGCUCAGUCAGUCAACCAUGGGUUUGAGGCUGUGUAUGAGCUCACCAAGAUGUGUACUAUUCGAAUGAGUUUUGUCAAGGGUUGGGGAGCGGAGUACCAUCGACAGGAUGUCACCAGUACUCCAUGCUGGAUAGAGAUUCACCUCCAUGGGCCUCUGCAGUGGCUGGAUAAAGUUCUUACUCAGAUGGGCUCUCCGCUGAACCCCAUUUCUUCUGUUUCAUAGUGCAGAAGUAUUCUUUUCAACUAUAUUUUUAGUGGACUUGUUUUAAUUUUAGAGAAAUUUCCAGUACAGAUACUGUGAGCUGAUAUGGAAAAACAAAUAUUAUGGCUUAUUUUUUCUACGUAAUUGUGACCAACACAUUUGUAUUUUAUGAUGAUAAUUACAUUUGUUUGUAUUCGUGUUCAUUGUGAUUAACUUUCAGAAGUAUUAUAAACAAUGUAGAGUAUUUUGCCCCUGUUGAAAAGUCUAGCAUUGAUCUCAAACUGGAACAUGCUUUUGCUUAUUGUCCCAACAGUUUUUUAAUUUGAUAAUUUUUUUACAAAGUAGUGCAUCACAUAAUGAAAUUUUAUCCUUUAAGAGCGUAUAUAUUGUGGGAAGCAGAAGACAAUAUUCCUCUGGGAAUUUCUUUGUCCUACCACCUUUGAAAAAGCAUAUGUUGUUUUGCAAAAACUUAAAGUAGGGGCUUAAAGGAAACUAUUGAAUCUUAUUUGAAGGACACUGCAGUCCUAACAUGGUGUUCAGUGAAAGCAAGGUGGUAGAUUUCUGGACGCCAUACAUUUACGUUUAAUAUAGCUAAGUGUUUGUCAGUGUAAUGGGACUUCAUGCUGUAUAUCUUUUGUAAACAUUUCCUUUUUUAAAUCUCAAGUAUUUGUCCUUUACUCAAGUCUGUCAUACGUCUUCCUUAGAGCUAGUUACUGUGUGCUCCACGGCCUUGUGCAGCAUUGUUUACUGCUUUGGGCUCAUAUGUCAAGAACUCUAAUUUUACUGUGCAUUAAUCUUUUCAUUUUGCACUUUUAUGGGUGACUGUCUUAGCGUAGUCUCUGGUAAAGCGCUGGAGGAGAUGGGGUCUGAGGCCCUCUCUGUUUCCUGGCUCUCCUUUGGACAGCACUGCCUUUAGAUGACAGCUGGGGGCUGGGCUGCCUUUCUACCCUUUACGUUUUGUUUAGUCUAUAACAUUGUUAUCUAUAGCUCUAGCUGAGGUGCCUGUUAACACACUACAAUGUUAUGAGUGUUAUUGAUAUUGAAAGAUCCUGUAUGAAUACUGAAUACCUUUGCUGUGUACCAGACUUGUCAUAUGAGGACCUAUGCAGUAUAGCCAUCAGAGGCUCUUUGGUUGGCCCAAGAGUGAGGCUGUUGGUGUAAAUGAAUCACAGUGGAGGUUGGCCUAGUUCAUAUCAAAUGUCAUAAGGCAAAGAGUAUAGGCCUGUCUCUCUGCAUCAUGCUCUGCCUCUUUCUUCUUAUCCUUUUAGAGCCUACAUGGAUGCUAAUCUCCAGAACACAGCUGGACGUGAACACUCUUAAGACAGUGAAUUUGGUUCACUGUGCCUUGGCCUUAGGACUUGUAACCACUUUCUAGGGAGCAGUCAGGUAGACAGUUAUGGCCUGAGAAUGAACACACUACUUUGAUAAAGAAAAAGGCUUAAUUUGCCUAUGAGAGCAAGAAAUUUUAUUUUCUGGUGCCUUUUGAAAAUAUACAGAGCUACUUUGUUCUUCUGCUGAAAAUGUUAUUUUGGUUUGACUUUCUACAGUGCCCUUCCUGCCUUUAUGAGGAACACAGCUUUUGGAGGUUGGGGGGAGAGAUGAUUUCUUUUGUUUUCCGUGUCAUUAUUUAUUGCCUUUCAGAGUGCAGCCAUUGGGUGGCUUUGCUCCUUCAGAGGGGGUGCCUUGCUGGCCUUCAGUAGCUUGAGCUAUAAACAUAAAUAUUCCAUAGUAUGAGUGUGUCAGCCCCAUGAGAGAGGGAUAUCCACUUUAUACUGGAGUGUAGAAACUGCUCAUUGUUGUUUAUUUAGCAGGCUCAUGGCAGCCUGUAAGGACAAGUUUGUAGGAAUAUGUCUUGAGUUGAGUGACAGGCAGUACAUGUCCAUGAGCUCCAGUGAGUCCUGGAAACACGUGCCUUGCUUGUUCCUUUUUUCAGCAGUAGGCUACAUGUUGUUUCUCCAGUCAUCAUGUCACAGGCCUCAGGCUUGUGGAGUCUGUGUGAUCUGCCGUACAGUGGCAGGACUGAAGCUCUCAGCUGUUCGAGUUUCACGGAGAAAUCCCACCUGCUCUACCACUGUUCCACAGUCUGUAAGUGGAGACUGUGUUCUUUUUGCUUCUGUGCCAUCUAAGGAUAUACAUACGUCUGUGGGAUGAAGACAGCAAGGGUGGACUCUACCACAGAGAGCAGGGAGUAGGGCCUCUGAAGAAGCCACCAGACCAUACCAGUGCCGGUACAGUCUCUGUCUGAGAUGGCUCUCAUGGAGCGCCUGCUGGCCCUGAGUGUGCUGAGUUGCUUCAGCUCCCCACCCUCCAGUCUCUACCUCUGAAGUGCUAGGAUGAGGGACAUCCGCCAUCAUACCCGGCUUCUGUGGUGCUAAGGAUCAGUGUCAGACUUCACGAGUCGUAGGCAAGGACUCUGCCAACUCAAUGACAUCCCUAGUUCAGCAAUCACAUUUUAGCAUCCAAAAUACAUUAAUAUCUGCCAGGGAAAAAGAUAGAUUUGCAAAUAAUAAAGAUUGCCAUCAGUUUGAUAAAUCGUGCAAAAGGAAAACUCAAAAUCUCAGCAAUGAGUUGCAGCAACAAGUCGCUGGCUAGGAAAGCAGGACGGAGAGGUCCAUUUGACUAGUGUACCUUCAGGGUAGCAUGAUGGCCUGCUAAUGCUGCCAAACUGAAUAUAAGGGCUGUAAGCAGGAAUGCUGUGGGCCUUCCAGAGUUAGACAAAAUGGGAAGAGGAAAUCAGUUUUAAAACAGUAAAAGCUGGGUAAUGGUGGCACAUGCCUUUAAUUUCAGCACUCUGGAAGCAGAGGCAAGUAGGUCUCUGUUUGAGGCUAGCCUGGUCUACAGAGCAACUUCUACACAGAGAAACUGUCUUGGAGGGAAAAAAAGAAAAGAGAAAAGUAAAAUAGCAAACGAAUAGAACAGGGUAGGGUCCUCCCCUCCCCUUUCCUGUCAUGGUUUCUCACAUAAGAAAAGUAGUCGUAGACGUGGCUGAUUUGCUAAGGUGAAACCAGCAGUAAGAUUGCUAAAUAUAACACUUCAGCAGGCUACCCUAAUGAUGCAGAGAGGAAAUGUGCCAUUUUCAUAACAUUUGAAAUUAGACACCCUUUGGGGAUGUGAAUGACAGUAAUGUUGCAAUAUGAAAUGACCUGUAAGAGUAAAACUUGUGGGUUACCUCACAGUCUCCCUAUUGCCUGAGAGGACUGUCAGAAACAUAUUCUGUCCCCUUCCAGUAGUGCCCUUGGGAAGAGAGAGUGGAUGAAGAAAUGAAGUCUUACUGGUCCAGGGUGUCAUUGGUGCUUCUGCUGCAGAGAGCACAAGCGGCUCAGGUCUGUAUAUUCACAUCUUGUUUGGUCAUUUUUCUGUCAGCACUUGGGUCCCUGUUACUGGUCUCUCUUAAAGUCCUGUCUCUUUGCUUCCUGAAGACUCUCAAAAGUUAUUAUUUUUUAUUACUUUAAAAAUGUUUUUGUUGUUUUGAGACAUACUCUCUGUACAGUCCUGACCAGCCUGGAAAUUACUAUGUAGGCCAGCCUCAAACUUGAAGUAAUUCUCUUGCCUCUGUCUCUGGAGUUCUGGGAUUACAGGCAUGCACUGCUGAGUACAGUGACCUCUGAUGAUUUUUAAAAUUCAGCCCCUGAUGAUGGUUUGGUUUUAGAUCUGUUAGCUUUGUCUGAACCUCUCUUUGUCCUGCCAAGUAAAUCCUCUGCUAUCUGGGGUCUCAGGAGAAAUGUGUGUUCUCAGUAUAAACACAGCUAAAUAUUGGUGGUUUAUAGGUGGCCUCAGAUAGUAGGGAGAGCAUCUUUUUUUUUGAAGUAAUCUACAGUUAGGUGGGUAUUUCCCUCACAGCAGUAGGAUCUUCCCCUUUGGAAGAUACCAGUUCUUACAAGUUUUUCUUGUUGAAAUAAUGCAUUUCCGGGAAGUGGAAUUUAAGGGUUUGGUUCUACACUAACAGAGAAUUCUAUCUGAUGGACCACUUGGGUGGAUUCCAGGGUGCUGACAGGAAGGAUGACAGUAUUUCAUAGUGUCAUCAGGCCUUGCUCAUCUCCCUGUCUAGGGCAGUAGGUCAAUGCUAGAGCACUUAGUAGGCGUAAACAACUCAGGGCACACCUGUAUUGAAAUUGACCGCCUACAACUGGAUGAUAUGCCAGGACCACAGAAAGGAGAUUCCCAGUGAUGUGUUUAAAAGCAAGAAUAUAUCUUAAUACAUCAAACUGGUGACCUCCUCCCCAGCAAAGAGAGUCCUCGAGCAGACUGUCCUCAGCAGAGAGAAGGCACUGGUGUACUCCUUGUUCAGAUAACUUUGUUUUUAAAUCAGCAGAAAUAGUUAUUCUUUAAGGAUUUGUUUGAAGUUACUCUUUUAAAAAGUUAAAAUUUUUGUGUGCAGUUGGGCACAUGCUUGCCCUCCCCCCCUCACCCCCCCCAUAGUCAUGCCUUUCUUGCUGUGAACUGGUGUCAGCUCCAACACUCCAAUUAGGUCAGAGUCCCAGGCUCUUUUGAGAGGUCUUGUAGAGCGCCAUGCGCCUGUGCUACUGUUGGUGGGGCUGCUGCCCCGCCUUCUCAGAGAGGAGCUGAAGCAGAGGGAGCCUUAGGCAUGACGGUUGGGCAGUGUACUCCACCACGUCUGGUAAAGCUGCAGUUUAACUGUACUUACUUAAUUCAGGUAAGAGUGUAAUAUAGAGAGCGAGUGCUUAUGUUCACCUGUCUGCCUUCUCCCAGGAAGAGGCUUCACAUGUGGGUGAUGAGAGCAGAUGGAUGGCUGCACUGUAGGUCUGCUUAUGUGUAUUGGUUCUGCUUCUGUUCGCGUUGUAGAAGACUAACCACACCAGCAGCAUGCCUCGGCUCUGCUACCUUUUGAUACUUAUAAAAAUGUAUUAGGUUUUACUAUAUUGUGCUUCUCAAAGCCAUAACUCUUAAGAAAUUUGUUUUUGCAUAUUGUUUGCUAAUACUUUGUUUUAAUAAACCUCAAAAUCUG